AUGUUUUCCCUUGGCAGCCAUUUGGCAAUGAACAAUCCCUCAAUGUUUCACUCAUUUGUAGACUCAUUUUUUGAAGGAAAAAAGGCGCUGGUAAAGGAGCAAUUGAUGGAGUCGGUAAAAGUCAUCGUUGAUGGACUCUUUGAGGAGAUGGUUGGACAGGUCAAGGAGAUGAUGAUGCCACUGAAAAGUGCCAACCAUGAUCAAGUGAAACCCUUUAGCUUUGGGACGACCACAAUUGCUACUCCAGUCAUACCAUCGACCAUCAAGCCACCAAUGAACUUUUCAUCAGUGCCACUUUCCCAGCCACCAAAAAGCAAGAUGAUCUUUGCAACCAAGUCCAAGCCUGGUCCCUCUACUUCAGCUGCUCCUCAGCCGUUUUCUGGUCUUUAUAAACGAAUGGCUGAAGAGGAUGGUGUGGGCAUCAGCAAGAACAGCAACAGCAUCAGUCAUUUUAACAAGAAGAAAGCGGUCACUGNUCAGCCGUUUUCUGGUCUUUAUAAACGAAUGGCUGAAGAGGAUGGUGUGGGCAUCAGCAAGAACAGCAACAGCAUCAGUCAUUUUAACAAGAAGAAAGCGGUCACUGUGGAGCUGCAGAUUGAUGGUCCACUUGAUGACGUAGCUUUUGAUGAAACUAAUGCUGAGAGUGAACUUUUGAACAGCAGUGUUGCCGCUAAUAAGAAUUCUCCAAGUACUUCCCAAGAAGAGGCUCCCGAACCAGCCCAAUCAGGAAAGCAUCUCUGCACUGAGCCGAAUUGUGGCAAGAACUUCACAUGUAGCACUAGUCUCAAGCGUCACCUUCGAACGCACAGCAAUGCAAAACCAUUUGGCUGCACUUUUGAUGGUUGUUCUUCAGAAUUUGGACGUCGUGAAAGCGCUAUUCGUCACAUUCUCAAUGUCCACUUGAAAAAGCAAAGUCUUGGAGACAACGAGGAAGGCGAAGGGGCUGACCACAAGCCGCCCGAUCCAGCAGCCUAUCUUAGCGUCAAGGAGGAGCUUCUCUGA